GGGCCAAGCAGGCAAAUAUUUGCAGUUGAGGAUUAACUGAAGUUCCAGGCCGUCAUGGUGGCAGGAGGGCGCCUGAGCAGUUUCUCCAGAGCCCAUCCCAACAGGUAUCAGCAAUUCCAGAAUGUGGCAGCUGGCAAGCUUCUUACUGUUCCUGACCAUCCGGAGAAUUUCCAGCACACCAGUUACUUCUGACUCAGUGUUCUCCAGUAGUGAGCGGGCCCACCAGGUGCUACGGAUAAACAAAAGAGCCAACUCCUUCCUGGAGGAGCUCCGGGCCAGCAACCUGGAGAGAGAGUGCAUGGAGGAGAUCUGUGACUUCGAGGAAGCCCAGGAGAUUUUCCAAAAUGUGGAUAACACACUGGCCUUCUGGUCCAAGUACCUGGACGACGACCAGUGCAAGGUCCAGCCUCUGGAGCACCCGUGCAACAGCCCAUGCUGCGGCCACGGCACAUGCAUUGAUGGCAUCGGUGGCUUCAGCUGCAACUGCAGCCAGGGUUGGGAGGGCCGCUUCUGCCAGAACGAAGUGCGUUUCUCCAACUGCUCGGUGGACAAUGGCGGCUGCGCGCAUUAUUGCCUGGAGGGGAAAGGCCAGCGCUACUGUAGCUGCGCUCAAGGUUACCAGCUGUGGGACGACCACCUGCAGUGUGAGCCCAAAGUGAAAUUCCCUUGUGGAAGGCCAUGGAACCCAAAGGAGAAGAAGAGCAAGGCCUUGAAAUGUUGCGCAGACCAAGUAGAUCCACGGCUCGUCAAUGGGAAGUUGACCCUGCAGGGAGAGAGCCCCUGGCAGGUGAUCCUGCUGGACUCAAAGAAGAAGCUGGCCUGUGGGGCAGUGCUGAUCCACACCUCCUGGGUACUGACAGCAGCCCACUGCAUGGAGACCCCCCAGAAGCUCACUGUCAGGCUCGGAGAAUAUGACCUACGGCGCAGGGAGAAGUGGGAGGUGGAUCUAGACAUCAAGGAGUUCUUCAUGCACCCCAACUACAGCAGGACCACGACCGACAAUGACAUUGCUCUACUUCAUCUGUCCCGGCCCGCCCCCCUCUCGCAGACCAUUGUGCCCAUCUGCCUCCCUGACAGUGGCCUCUCAGAGCGAGAGCUCACCAAGGUUGGCCAGGAGACAGUGGUGACAGGCUGGGGCUACCGUAGUGAGACCAAGAGAAACCUUACCUUUGUCCUCAGCUUCAUUAAGAUUCCAGUGGCCCCUCACAAUGAGUGCGUACAGGUCAUGCAAAAUAUAGUCUCUGAGAAUAUGCUGUGUGCGGGCAUCCUUGGAGACCCACGGGAUGCCUGUGAGGGUGACAGUGGGGGACCAAUGGUUGUCUCCUUCCAUGGCACCUGGUUCCUGGUGGGCCUGGUGAGCUGGGGUGAGGGCUGUGGCCGCCUCCACAACUAUGGCAUCUACACCAAAGUCAGCCGCUACCUCGACUGGAUCUACAGUCACAUCAGAGCUGAGGAGGCCUCCAUCAACAGCCAGGUGCCCUAGCACCUCACCCACUAUGUCUGGAUCCCAGAGGCCACUCUGAAAUUGGGACUGGCUAUUGAAUGGCAAUAUAUGUGACAUUAAAGGGUCAUCCAACAAGCACA